AUGUCAUUAUCCAACAAAUUAUCCGUCAAAGACUUAGAUGUCGCUGGUAAGAGAGUUUUUAUCAGAGUUGAUUUCAACGUCCCAUUAGAUGGUAAAACUAUCACCAACAACGCCAGAAUUGUUGCUGCUUUGCCAACCAUUAAAUACGUUGAAGAACACAAACCAAAAUGUAUUAUCUUAGCUUCCCACUUGGGUAGACCAAACGGUCAAGUUACUGAAAAAUACUCCUUGGCUCCAGUUGCUGCUGAAUUGGAAAAAUUGUUGGGUCAAAAAGUCACUUUCUUGAACGAUUGUGUUGGUCCAGAAGUUUCCAAGGCUGUUAACGCUGCUACUGAUGGUCAAAUCUUCUUGUUGGAAAACUUGAGAUUCCACAUUGAAGAAGAAGGUUCCUCUAAGGUUGAUGGUCAAAAGGUUAAAGCUGACCCAGCUGCUGUCAAGAAAUUCAGAGAAGAAUUGACUUCUUUGGCUGAUGUUUACGUUAACGAUGCUUUCGGUACUGCUCACAGAGCCCACUCUUCCAUGGUUGGUUUGGAAGUCCCACAAAGAGCUUCUGGUUUCUUGAUGGCCAAGGAAUUGGAAUACUUUGCUAAAGCUUUGGAAAACCCAAGCAGACCAUUCUUGGCUAUUUUGGGUGGUGCUAAGGUCUCUGACAAGAUUCAAUUGAUUGACAACUUGUUGGACAAAGUCGAUAUGUUGAUUGUUGGUGGUGGUAUGUCUUUCACCUUCAAGAAAGUCUUGGACAACAUGCCAAUUGGUGACUCUUUAUUCGAUGAAGCUGGUGCUAAGAACGUCGAAAACUUGGUUGCUAAAGCCAAGAAGAACAAUGUUGAAAUCAUCUUGCCAGUUGAUUUCGUCACUGCUGACAAAUUCGACAAAGAUGCUCAAGUCUCUUCUGCUACUGACAAGGAAGGUAUCCCAGAUAACUGGAUGGGUUUGGACUGUGGUCCAGAAUCCAGAAAAUUGUUUGCUGACGCUGUCGGUAAAGCCAAGACCAUUGUCUGGAACGGUCCACCAGGUGUUUUCGAAUUUGACAAAUUCGCUAACGGUACUAAAUCCUUGUUAGAUGCCUGUGUUGCUUCUGCCGAAAAAGGUAACAUUGUUAUCAUUGGUGGUGGUGAUACUGCUACUGUUGCUAAGAAAUACGGUGUUGUUGACAAAUUGUCCCACGUUUCUACCGGUGGUGGUGCUUCUUUGGAAUUGUUAGAAGGUAAAGAAUUACCAGGUGUAACUGCUCUUUCCAACAAAGCCUAA